GUAGCGUUCAGUCUUUAAAUACCUUCCCUUCAGCGUUUACUAAAAAUAUUGCCCAUGGUUUCUUACUUCCGUGAUUACUAAUGUGUAGACUGACGUCACAACCGCACAUCCGUUUUUUGGCCGAUAGUGAUCAGUUGAAAAAACAGUCGGGCAGCAUCAUGAAGUUUUUAAGCUUUCUACUUCUUAUCGCAUUGUACUCCCUUCAAGUUCAAGCAAAAACAAACUGUUUCGCUAACGAAAAAUGUAGUGAUUGUAUACAGGAUAUUGAAUGUAUAUGGUGCAUCGAACCGUAUGCGUCCAUUUCCAAUGGAACAACACCCAUUCAUUGCGCAAACAAAGACAUUGACAAACAAACGUGGUGCUCCGAAAGUAAAAUAGUCGAUCCCGCAAAGGUUUACAUUAUAGAUAAGAAUGACAAGCUGCAAUCUCACGAGGACGGAACAGCCACUCAAAUUGGGCCGCAGAAAGUUAGGCUCACCCUUCGUAAGGGAGAAGAGUUUAUGUUACCUUUUCAAUACAGACAAGCAGAAAACUAUCCCGUGGACUUAUACUACAUUAUGGACUUAUCGGCAUCUAUGGAAGAGCAUAGAGAGAAGUUAGCCAAACUUGGUGGUAAGUUAGCGGAGACUAUGCGAAAUUUGACCAGUAAUUUCCGCUUGGGAUUUGGAAGCUUCGUUGACAAAACGGAUAUGCCUUUCAUCAGUACAGUACCGGCAAAAAUAAACUCCCCAUGCAGCUUCCGAAAGCAAGGCGAAAUCGUACACUGCGUUCCUCCGUACAGCUUUAAAAAUCACAUGUCCUUAACAGAUAACUCGAAGGCGUUCUCGGAGGAAGUUAAAAAGGCGAAGGUUUCGGGAAAUUUAGAUUUCCCCGAAGGUGGAUUCGAUGCAGUCAUGCAAGCGAUGGUUUGCAAAAAGGAGAUCGGUUGGCGCGACCAAGCUCGUCACUUGAUUGUCUUUUCGACGGAUGCUGACUUUCAUAUCGCCGGCGAUGGCAAAUUGGCAGGAGUCGUGGAGCCUAACGACGCCAAAUGCCACAUGGAGAACAACAAGUACACGCACGAUUUAAUCUACGACUACCCCUCCAUAUCGCAAAUAAACUACGUUGCCAAACAAAAUAAUAUUAACUUAAUUUUUGCGAUAGUUAAAGGCAAAGGAAAUGAUCGCAUUGUCAAAAUUUACGAAAGAUUACAGCAACGUAUCGAAAAUUCGGUUGCCGGUGGACUCACGCAAAAUUCCGAUAACGUAGUCAGUUUGGUGGCGGAGAAUUACAACAAAAUCGUAGACACUGUAGCAAUAACCGAUAAUUCUGGAAACGAGGUGGAAAUCAAAUACUCCUCAAAGUGCUCGAAACCCAAAGAAAAUGGGUGCAGUAAUAUUCACGUUGGUGAAAUCAUCGACUUCACAGCAACUAUUCGCCCCUUGCAAUGUCAAAAAUCCGGCGCGCCUCCUCAAAUAAUCAAAAUUAAACCUGAGGGUAUAGACGAAAGUCUUCAAAUAGAAUUGACUGUCACCUGUGAUUGUCCAUGCGAGCACAAUUACCAUCCCGAUUUUAUUUCUCAAUCGCCCAAUUGUACUGACCAUGGUGAUCUGCAAUGCGGCGUGUGCAGGUGUAAUCCCGGUAGGUUCGGUAGAAAUUGCGAGUGCGACAGAACAACCUCAAUUACCGACGAUAUUAGCGACUGUAAGCCCAAUAUCAACAGUACGGAGAUAUGUUCAGGUUUGGGGUCAUGCAAAUGUGGCAAAUGCGAGUGCGUUAAGCGUCCAAGUCCACAAAUUAUUUACGGCAAAUUUUGCCACUGCGACAAUUAUUCCUGUAAGCGAAACAAUGGGCAGGUGUGCUCUGGAAAAGACAACGGCAUUUGCGAUUGCGGACAGUGCAAGUGCCUGGCGGGCUGGACUGGUGAAGCUUGCGAAUGCCCGGAUACCAACACGACAUGUAUAGCUCCUAACAGUGAAGGUGCUGUCUGUUCCGGACAAGGUAGCUGUGCUUGUGGCGAAUGCCAGUGUUUCGUUGUCGAUGAAUUUAGGUACUCCGGAAAGUACUGUGAAGAAUGUCCUUCUUGUCCAGGGCAGAGGUGCGAGGAGCUGCGAAACUGUGUAGAAUGCCAGGCAUACAAAUCGGGGGUCUAUAGUCCAUCUGACUGUCUCAUUAAAUGUACAGCAUUCACUGUCAGCGUAAUCGACAAAAUCAAUGAAGAAGAUACCUAUGAGAACGUUAAAAUUUGCAGAACUCCAGACAACUCGGGCUGUACAAUAAUCUUUCAGUACACAUACGAUGAGAGUAACGAAAUUAUGGUCACCGCCCAAAGAACUAAAAUAUGUAGUGAAAGAGUCGACAUUUUGACAAUAAUGUUACUCGUCAUCGGUAGUAUAGUUCUGGCAGGUAUUAUUCUCCUAGUGAUAUGGAAGGUAGGAACCACCAUCCACGAUAGGCAGGAGUAUGCGAAAUUUGAAAAAGAGAGGGCUAGCGCCAAAUGGAAUAGAAGUGAUAAUCCACUUUAUAAGAAAGCCACUUCCGAAUUCAAGAAUCCUCUUUAUAACCAAUAAUCUCAAACUGUGUUAAGGGCAGUCUUGUGCCAAAUUUUGUGAUUACCUAAUGCUCAGUAUCAUAUUUGUUAGGAAAGACUGUGAUUCGAUAUUUUAUUGCUAAUUGAAAGCUUGACUGUCCAAAAAAUUGAAAUGGAAUCUUAUUAGCUUUAAAUUCGUGAAUAAUUUUCUGUAAAAAUUGUUGCCAGUUUUAAUAUAGAAAAUGAAAUUGAA